AUGCAGCACCAAGGGGGUACACAACAGAGCAGCACCAAGAGGGUACACAACAGUGCAGCACCAAGGGGAUACACAACAGUGCAGCACCAAGGGGGUACACAACAGUGCAGCACCAAGGGGGCACACAACAGUGCAGCACCAAGGGGGUACACAACAAUGCAGCAUCAAGGGGGUACACAACAGAGCAGCACCAAGGGGGUACACAACAGUGCAGCACCAAGGGGUAACAGUGCAGCACCAAGGGGGUACACAACAGUGCAGCACCAAGGGGGUACACAACAGAGCAGCACCAAGGGGGUACACAACAGUGAAACACCAAGGGGGUACACAACAGAGCAGCACCAAGUGGGUACACAACAGUGCAGCACCAAGAGGGUACACAACAGUGCAGCACCAAGGGGGCACACAACAGUGCAUCAUCAAGGGGGUACACAACAGUGCAGCACCAAGGGGGCACACAACAGUGCAUCACCAAGGGGGCACACAACAGUGCAGCACCAAGGGGGUACACAACAGUGCAGCACCAAGGGGGUACACAACAGUGCAGCACCAAGGGGGUACACAACAGUGCAGCACCAAGGGGGCACACAACAGUGCAUCAUCAAGGGGUGCAGCGCCAAGGGGGCACACAACAGUGCAGCAUCAAGGGGGUACACAACAGUGCAGCAUCAAGGGGGUACACAACAGUGCAGCACCAAGGGGGCACACAACAGUGCAGCACCAAGGGGUAACACAGUGCAGCACCAAGGGGGUACACAACAGUGCGGCACCAAGGGGGUACACAACAGUGCAGCACUAAGGGGUAACAGUGCGGCACCAAGGGGGUACACAACAGUGCAGCACCAAGGGGGUACACAACAGUGCGGCACCAAGGGGGUACACAACAGUGCGGCACCAAGGGGUAACAGUGCGGCACCAAGGGGGUACACAACAGUGCAGCACCAAGAGGGUACACAACAGUGCAGCACCAAGGGGGUACACAACAACGCAGCACCAAGGGGAUACACAACAGUGCAGCACCAAGGGGGUACACAACAGUGCAGCACCAAGGGGGUACACAACAGUGCAGCACCAAGGGGGUACACAACAGAGCAGCACCAAGGGGGUACACAACAGUGCGGCACCAAGGGGGUACACAACAGUGCGGCACCAAGGGGGUACACAACAGUACAGCACCAAGGGGGUACACAACAGUGCGGCACCAAGGGGGUACACAACAGUGCAGCACCAAGGGGGUACACAACAGUACAGCACCAAGGGGUAACAGUGCAGCACCAAGGGGGUACACAACAGUACAGCACCAAGGGGGUACACAACAGUGCGGCACCAAGGGGGUACACAACAGUGCGGCACCAAGGGGUAACAGUGCGGCACCAAGGGGGUACACAACAGUACAGCACCAAGGGGGUACACAACAGUGCAGCACCAAGAGGGUACACAACAGUGCAGCACCAAGGGGGUACACAACAACGCAGCACCAAGGGGAUACACAACAGUGCAGCACCAAGGGGGUACACAACAGUGCGGCACCAAGGGGGUACACAACAGUGCGGCACCAAGGGGGUACACAACAGUGCGGCACCAAGGGGUAACAGUGCGGCACCAAGGGGGUACACAACAGUACAGCACCAAGGGGGUACACAACAGUGCAGCACCAAGAGGGUACACAACAGUGCAGCACCAAGGGGGUACACAACAACGCAGCACCAAGGGGAUACACAACAGUGCAGCACCAAGAGGGUACACAACAGUGCAGCACCAAGGGGGCACACAACAGUGCAUCAUCAAGGGGGUACACAACAGUGCAGCACCAAGGGGGCACACAACAGUGCAUCACCAAGGGGGCACACAACAGUGCAGCACCAAGGGGGUACACAACAGUGCAGCACCAAGGGGGUACACAACAGUGCAGCACCAAGGGGGUACACAACAGUGCAGCACCAAGGGGGCACACAACAGUGCAUCAUCAAGGGGGUACACAACAGUGCAUCAUCAAGGGGGUACACAACAGUGCAUCAUCAAGGGGGUACACAACAGUGCAGCACCAAGGGGGCACACAACAGUGCAGCACCAAGGGGUAACACAGUGCAGCACCAAGGGGGUACACAACAGUGCAGCAUCAAGGGGGUACACAACAGUGCAGCGCCAAGGGGGCACACAACAGUGCAGCAUCAAGGGGGUACACAACAGUGCAGCAUCAAGGGGGUACACAACAGUGCAGCACCAAGGGGGCACACAACAGUGCAGCACCAAGGGGUAACACAGUGCAGCACCAAGGGGUGCAGCACCAAGGGGGUACACAACAACGCAGCACCAAGGGGAUACACAACAGUGCAGCACCAAGGGGGUACACAACAGUGCAGCACCAAGGGGGUACACAACAGUGCAGCACCAAGGGGGUACACAACAGAGCAGCACCAAGGGGGUACACAACAGUGCGGCACCAAGGGGGUACACAACAGUGCGGCACCAAGGGGGUACACAACAGUACAGCACCAAGGGGGUACACAACAGUGCGGCACCAAGGGGGUACACAACAGUGCAGCACCAAGGGGGUACACAACAGUACAGCACCAAGGGGUAACAGUGCAGCACCAAGGGGGUACACAACAGUACAGCACCAAGGGGGUACACAACAGUGCGGCACCAAGGGGGUACACAACAGUGCGGCACCAAGGGGUAACAGUGCGGCACCAAGGGGGUACACAACAGUACAGCACCAAGGGGGUACACAACAGUGCAGCACCAAGAGGGUACACAACAGUGCAGCACCAAGGGGGUACACAACAACGCAGCACCAAGGGGAUACACAACAGUGCAGCACCAAGGGGGUACACAACAGUGCGGCACCAAGGGGGUACACAACAGUGCAGCACCAAGGGGGCACACAACAACGCAGCACCAAGGGGGUACACAACAGUGCAGCACCAAGGGGGUACACAACAGAGCAGCACCAAGGGGGUACACAACAGUGCAGCACCAAGGGGGUACACAACAGUGCGGCACCAAGGGGGUACACAACAGAGCAGCACCAAGGGGAUUUCCACCGUGAUUCUGAACAUGAACAAAACUCAUUUCGACUCCACCGAUAACGUCAUAGCAUCCGUGGAGAACAUUUUGGACAGCCAAGAGAAGGACUUCUUCGGAUGA